UACAUAUGCCCAACAGUGUGCGUGUGUGUUUGGCAUGUGCAUGUAUGUGUGUGUGUGUGAGUGUGAGUGUGUGUAACGAUGUUCAACAACUAAACGAGUUAACUAACUUAACAAACACAUCAAGCAAAUUGAUCAAAACAACAACAACAACGAAAACACAAAAAGCAAACAACUUUAACAGCAACUUCAACUCCACCAAUAACAACAACAACACCAAUUACAACUGAAACAACAGCUACAACAACUGUUCCAAGAGUAUUAACUAAGAAAGGAGUUAACAAAAGCAGAAAGAAUUAAACUCAGCAUUCAGAUGUUGAUUUGGGAGGCCUAUGCACUUUUCUCAAUAUCUUCGAAAAUUGCCGCAAUAUUUUGGAAGCAACAACAACGAAUCUUUCUGGAUCUGCAACGGAAACAUACUAUAUCAGUGUCUAGUCUAACGUAUUGUCACAACUCUAUAUAGAUUAACGGUAGCUUGUAAGGCAGACGCUCUUGAUGAAUAUUGGUCAGGAAAAGCAUACGCAUCAGUCGCAGCAGUCGCACACGCAUCCACAUCCACAUCCGCAUCCGCAUCCGCAUUCGCAUACACAUCCGCCACAGCAGGCGAUCGGCAAUCGCAGCCGCAACACAGAUCCACACAGUGUCCCGGGUGCCGUUGCUGCUGGAGCCGCUCCAUCUGACUAUCCCGGCCUGCUGCUUGGCUAUCGCUAUACGCUGCCGCCCGGCCAUGAUCAUCGACUGCACAUCGAGCACCUCAGGCGCUCCGCUGGGAGCGAGCGGCAAGUGAGAAGUCCCAACGGCUGUCCCAUGGUUAUGACACCCAGUCGACGCAGCUCGCCGCCGCCGUUGCCGCUGCCGCUGCCGCUGCCGACGCGCCAUGCACUAAGCGCUGGCUCCGUUGGCCCAGCUGCCCAGCAGACCCACUCCCAGUCCCAGACCCAAGCUCAGGCCCAGGCCCAGGCCCAGGCGCAGGCGCAGGCACAGGCCCAGGCUCAUGCACAGACGCCGUCCCAGACGCAGUGCAUGAACGCUCACUUUUUACACUUCCAGUCGCAGCUGCAUCAGAAGCUAUCCGCCAGCUACUUUCGCAACCCGCCCUCGCCAUCGCCAACGGAACGUGAACGUGAUCGGGAGCGAGAACGGGAACGGGAACGGGAGCGCAACAUCUGUGGCACCGGCACAUCGCCGCCGGCGACGAGCAUGAGCGCAGCGCAUCUGAAUCCGUUAAGUGAUCUGCAGAACAUGCAGCCCUUUGACUUUCGCAAAAUCAACUCGUUCGGUGCGCCGCCGAACGCGACGGACUUCGUGCACCACCAGCAUCUGCAGCAGCAGGCGGCGGUGCUGGCGCAGGCGCGUCGCCGCAUCAAUGAGGCAACCACAGCAAGCGAGAAGAACGCUGCGGUGGCAGCGGCGGCAGCAGCUGCUGCGGCUGCUGCCCAGAGCAAUCAGUUCUUUAGCGCAAUGGCAAUGGCCGGGCAUCCGUUGCCGUAUCACUUGCCACCACCGCCACCCCCACCGCCGCCACCGCCGCAGCAGCAGCAACAGCAGCAGCAGCAACAACAACAACAGCAGCAGCAGCAGCAAUCGAACAACAAUCAGGUGUCGUUGGCCGGCAGCGUCGCAGAACUUAAUCACGGCCAUGGGCCACACUCGCCAAAUCACGCACAGGUGAAUCACAGUCACAGUCACAGUCACGGCCACAGUCACGGCCACGGUCACGGUCACGGCCCUGGUCACGGCCACAGUCACAGCCAGUAUCAGCAGCACUCGCAUUCGCAUCAUCACAAGGCCGGACAACCCACCUCGCCGGAGGAUUCGAGCAUCUCGAGCAAAUCUCGUCACUUGGCCGCCGCCGUGGCCGGGGACAAGUCGAACAGCAGCUGCUCCUCGUCCAGUGCGUCGGGCGCACAGCCAGCUAGCGGAUCGCAGCGCUUGACACGCCUAGCACUGGCCUCCGGCUCUAGCUCCGGGGCCGGGUCCGGCUCGAAUAUGCGCGCCAGCCGCAAAUCGGGCCACUCGCCGGGCAACAAGCGCCAGUGGGGCUCGAUGCCGGCCAAUCUGGGCACACAGUUCAUCAAUCCGGUGACCGGCAAGAAGCGCGUCCAGUGCAACGUCUGCCUGAAGACCUUCUGCGACAAGGGCGCCCUCAAGAUCCACUUCUCGGCGGUGCAUCUGCGCGAGAUGCACAAGUGCACGGUGGACGGCUGCAGCAUGAUGUUCAGCUCGCGGCGUUCGCGCAAUCGUCACAGCGCCAAUCCGAAUCCGAAGCUGCAUUCGCCGCAUUUGCGCCGCAAGAUCUCGCCCCAUGACGGACGCAGCGCCCAGCCGCAUCCGCUGCUGCUGCAGGCGCCGAACGGCAUCAUGGCUGGGCUGGGUCCGUUCGGCAGUUUCCCGCUGCUGACACCGCCGCCCGAUCUGCGACACCAUGCGAUGGGCGGCAUGGAGCUGAAGCAUGGCCAGGAGUAUCUGCGGCGCUCCUACAUGGACAGCAACGGCAUGCUCGGCCGGUACGAGGGACAGCGCCGCAAGACGGCGCUCGAGCCGGGCGACGAGGACGAUGACGAUGACGAGAUACUCGAGGUGGGCAUCCACAUGCCCGAUGACGACGACGAUGAUGACGAGGCGGAUGGCGAGGGAGAUGGCGACGAUGAUGACGAUGAUCCUGAUGGGGAUGGCAUUGUUGUGGUCGGCGAUGAGCUGGACAGCAUUCCCGACAAGGACAAGCACAGCCACGAUGAUUAUAUGCUGGACAAUGGCAACGAGAGCGACGAGCGCUCCACCUCGGCCAUCUCCAGCCACAGCCUCAGUCACAGUCUCGGCCACAGUCACGCUCACAAUCUCAGUCACAGUCACAGCCACAUUCACAGUCACAGUCACAGUCACAGUCACAGUCACAAUCACAGUCAAACCAAAGAACAGCAACAGCCAAGCCCCUGUCCGAGCAAGGCUGAGCCGGAGCCCUGCCCGGAGGCUGAUGAACAGCACGAGGACUCACAGAGCCUCACCGACUCCUCGCACGCCCUCGGCCAGACGACGGCGAGCAAACGCAAACGCAAAAGCCAAAAUCCGGUGCGCUGCACCGUGCAAUCGGAUGAGAACUCUUGCGACAAUUCACUGGAUAACUACGAUGUGGCCGCCGACCUGUCCAUCAAGAAGAUCAAGCUCAAGGAGGAGGAUGUGGAUGCAGUGGCAGCUGCGGCGGCAGCAGCAGCCGCAGCAGCCGCAGUCACAGCCGCAGCCGCAGUAAUAGGAACAGAUGCGCCAUUGGCCGCCCAGCUGGACGCAACAGCCAAAGAAGCCGAGGUGUUAACCGGCUCCACAGAGUCCACCAAGGCGAUACCCUCGCCCCCGCUAACGCCCUACACCAGCGAGGCCAAGUCGCACAUUAAGAUGGAGCUCGAAGACGACGAUGAGGAGGGGGAGCAGCCAAUGGAGAAGGUGCAGCAGCCAAAGGCUAUGUCACGGCCGGACGUGGCAACGGCAGGGCAUCCAUACGCCCACUCAGACGAGGCAGUUGGCACGCUCGAUCUGUCGCUGAGCACGACCAGUGGGGGAUCGAUUAUCAAGCAGGAGCCGUUGGAUGAGCUGGCCUUGAGCUAUGGCGCCGAUGCGGACGAGAAUCGCUAUAUGCGCAUCAAGCAGGAGCUGCUGGGCGACGAGGAGCCCAGCUUUGGUCGUGCAGCGGUCGAGGAGUGCUUGAGCAAGAGCAGCAACAACAACAACAUUAUAUUGACUGAGAGCAUGACGAGCAAGAGCCGUGACUCCAAUGGCAGCAUCAAGGCGAAAGCGGAGCGUGAAAGAGAUGGCGAGCACGAGCCAGAACCGGAAGCAGAACAGGAGCCGGAACCGGAGCACGAGCCCGAGCCCGAGCCCGAGCCGGAGCCGGAACCAGAGCCCGAACCAGAGGUACCCAUCGACAAGGAGAAUCCAUUGAAGUGCACCGCCUGCGGUGACAUCUUUCAGAACCACUUCCACCUGAAGACCCACUACCAAAGCGUCCACCUGAAGCUCCAUCACAAGUGCAACAUCGACGGCUGCAAUGCGGCCUUCCCCUCGAAGCGCAGCCGCGAUCGCCACAGCUCGAACCUCAACUUGCAUCGCAAGCUGCUCUCCACUAGCGACGAGCACAAUCUGCUGCUGCCGCCCGAUCCGCUGCUGGAGCUGAUGAACAUCAACAACAACAAGGCCUUCGGUAGUGCUGGCGUCGCUGCUGGCGGUCCCGUUACCGCAGCCGGCGGCAUGCCCAGCAGCAUUCACGCCGAGAUUUUGGCACGCCUCUGUGCGGGUGCACAUGGCCUAAGCAUGCCGCUCUGCUUCGAGGCGCUGCAGCAUCGUUUCCAUGCUGGCCACGGCCACGGCCAGGUGCCGGUCGGAUUUCCUGAUCCGAAUGCCAAUGUCAGUGUCAAUGCGAAUCCGAAUCCGGGUUUCAUGCCGGCAACCGAUCCACGUCUGCUGCUCAAUCAUGCCAGUAAUCCGCUGCUCUUCCCCGGCCUGCGACUGCCGCGCUUCCCACCCCUGACGCACCACAUGCUGGCGGGUGCCAGUGCCCUCAGUCCGUUCUGCCGUCGCACCUCUUCCGACUCCAAUUCCCAGCACUCGAUAACACCGCCCGUUGGGGCACGCGGCUGCGAUAGCGUCUCGCUGAUGGGCUUGGGUCCGCGUUCCGGCUCCGGAUCUGGAUCGCCCGAGUACGAUGCGCAGGCGAAUCAUGGGCAUGCGCAUGCGCACACACACAUGCACAUGCAGGCGGCCGGCGAGGAGGCCGGACAGAGCCAGCGGCAGUCGCCGGAUCGCAUAUCAUGACCAUGUACCUCGUACUAUGCCAAGGCGCUGGCAUUUUAUCACUGAAGCAUCGUCGUCGGACAGCAACAAUUCAUUCAUGCAAUAUCAGGCUAAAACUUAGGACUACACAGCAUUGCUCAUAAUCAUAAUCGAUGAAUCGAUAGGUCGACUUAUCGAUCGAAGAAGGACGAGGAGAAAGUAUUCGCAAUCCAAACUGCAGCUUGGCUCACCGGCGCUCAUUAUAAACAAUACUUUUACUAGGCUAAUAUAAAAUAUUAGAUGGAUCAA